AUGGCCCCGACAAAGCUGAAGUCCCCUCCGCAGGCCCCGCCUGUCUUUACUGCUACCCCUAGCUCCUUAAUCGAAGACACCAAACGCAUGAUCAGCAAGUCCCGUAAAGUGCAAGAUGCCGUAGCGGCCAAGGUUACGGCGGAAGAAGCUACCUUUGCCAAAGUGCUGCUGCCACUGGCACAAGAUGAGAACCUCAUGGCGCUUGAAUCGCACAUUAUAGGCUUUUACCAGGCGAUUUCGACGGAUAGCAAGCUACGGGAUGCUUCAUCCGAGGCAGAGAAACUAAUGGACGAUUUUGCAAUCGAGUCCGCUAUGCGUGAGGACCUGUUUAAGCUCGUUGCCGCUGCCUUGAAGAAGGGCGAGAAGCUAGAUCCCGAGUCGCAAAAUCUCUUGGAAAAGGAGCACAAGGAUUACAUCCGCAAUGGCCUGGGGAUCCCCGCGGGACCAAAGCGUGAUAGGUUCAAGGAAAUCAAGAAACGGCUGAGUCAGAUAAGCAUCGAGUUCCAGAAGAACUUGAAUGAAGAGAGUGGGGGCCUGUGGUUUACCGAAGAGGAGCUGGCUGGUGUCCCAAUGGACGUAUUGUCCGUCCUGAAGAAAGGUGAAGGAGUGAAUGAAGGAAAACUACGAGUGACGUUCAAGUACCCUGAUCUUUUCCCAACGUUGAAGUAUGCCACUAGCGCCGAGGUGCGGAAACAGCUCACAAUUGCCAACGAGAACAAGUGUAACCAGAACGUCCCAUUGUUCAAAGAAGCAGUCAUUCUCAGAGAUGAAGCUGCCCGCCUUCUCGGAUAUCCCAACCAUGCCACGUUUAGGAUUGAGGAUAAGAUGGCAAAGACUCCCAAGACCGUGGAUGACUUCCUUGGAGGCCUGCGUUCACGACUCAAGGCAGGAGGUGAAAAGGAGCUCAAAGCUCUCAAGGAGCUUAAAGAGGCUGAUAUUAAGUCUCGCGCUUCAAAUCAAUCGUUUGAUGGCCAUUACUACCUAUGGGACCACCGCUUCUAUGAUCGCAUGAUGCUGGAAAAGAACUUUUCUCUUGAUCAGCAGUUGAUUGCGGAGUACUUCCCAUUGCAGACUACGAUUCAGGGAAUGUUGAAGAUUUUCGAAGAGCUAUUUGGACUAGUGUUUGUUGAGAUAACUGGAGAAGAGAGGGAUAAGAUCUCAGAAACUGGCAAUGGUAACGACAUUGUCUGGCACGAGGAAGUCCAGGUUUUCAGUGUCUGGGAUGAUGAAGAAGAGGGGAGUGGAUUUGUGGGAUACCUGUAUCUUGAUUUGUUUCCCAGAGAAGGGAAGUAUGGCCAUGCCGCGAAUUUCAAUCUGCAGCCGGGAUUCGUUGCCUCGGAUGGAAGCCGCCGAUAUCCCGCCACGGCACUGGUGUGCAACUUCUCCAAGCCAACGGCAAAGAAGCCCAGCUUGCUGAAGCACGAUGAAGUUGUAACCUUCUUCCACGAACUUGGUCAUGGAAUCCACGAUCUAGUCUCCAGAACAACAUACUCCCGCUUCCAUGGAACAAACACCGUGCGUGACUUUGUCGAGGCACCCAGUCAGAUGCUGGAGAACUGGUGUUGGACACCGUCUCAGAUCAAAUCUCUCAGCACACACUAUUCCUUCCUUUCAGAUGGAUAUUACCAGGCCUGGAAGGAGACCGCAGGCGACAAGCCACAGCCAGCCCAAAAGAUCCCUGACGAGCUGAUCAACAACCUGAUCAAGACUAAACAUGUGAAUGACGCCCUCUUCAACCUCCGCCAGCUUCACUUUGGUAUCUUCGACAUGACCGUGCACGAACCUGCUGACCAUGCUGCCAUCGAAAAUUUGGAUAUCUCCGUAACAUACAAUGAGUUGCGCAAGGAGAUUUCUCAGCUUGAUGGCCCUGAGGUUCUCGGACAAGGAAACGACUGGGGACAUGGGCAAGCGACAUUCGGGCAUCUUAUUGGUGGUUAUGAUGCAGGAUAUUACGGUUACCUUAGCUCCCUAGUGUAUUCAGCAGACAUGUUCUACUCCGUCUUCAAAGAAAACCCCAUGAACGCGAAAGAAGGCCGACGAUAUCGCCAUACCGUCCUGGAGCCAGGUGGCAGCCGGGAUGAGAUGAAAACUCUCAAGCAGUUCCUGGGCCGCGAGCCCAACAUGGAUGCAUUCUAUAGAGAGCUUGGACUGCAUAAUUAG